AGAAACACGUGGGGUCUCUGUCACAGGAACCCGGAAACUGCCCCGUCCUCCGGUUUACGCCACAACAACAACAACAAGCCAGUCAUGGAGCGUGUCGUGGGAGGAGGAGCACUUCAGCUGGUUUUAGCCAGUGCGGGGAUCUUGUUGCUUUAUCGAAUACUUGUCCGCCUCAGACCUGGAGCUGCUCUGCAGGACGCCGUGGUCGUCGUCACAGGAGCCAGCUCCGGACUCGGCAAAGAGUGUGCUCGGGUCUUUCACGCUGCGGGCGCGCGGCUGGUGCUGUGUGGACGAGAUGCAGCCCGCCUGCAGCCGGUAGUCCAGGAGCUCACGGCCAGCUCAACAAGCUCAGGGCCAAAGACUCACACGCCCAGCACCGUCAUCUUCGACUUGUCUGACACAAACACAGUGGACAGAGCGGCAGAGGAGAUCCUGAAAUGUUAUGGGCAAGUGGAUGUCCUCAUCAACAACGCUGGAAUCAGUUACCGCGGCAACAUACUGGAUACCCACCUUUCAGUUCAGCGGGAUGUUAUGGAAACGAAUUACUUUGGGCCCAUCGCGCUUACUCAAGCCCUCCUGCCCUCCAUGGUCCAUCGGCGCAGUGGCCACAUCGUCGUCAUCAGCAGCGUUCAGGGCAAGAUAUCCCUUCCUUGCAGAUCCGCCUAUGCCGCCUCGAAGCACGCCACCCAGGCCUACUUUGACUGCUUGCGGGCCGAGAUCGAGCAGCACGGGAUCCCGGUGACCGUGAUCAGCCCCGGGUACGUCCGGACCAGCCUGUCGCUCAACGCCGUCACGGGAGACGGCUCCAAGCACGGGGUUUUGGAUGAAACCACGGCGACGGGUCGGGACCCCGGGGACGUGGCUCUGGCCGUCCUGAGUGCCGUCCGCCACAGGAGCAAAGACGUGGUUUUGGCCGGACCGCUGCCCAAUGUGGCCAUUUACCUGCGAACGAUGUGGCCCGCGCUCUUCUUCAAACUCAUGGCCUCCCGCGCUCGCAAGGAGCGGAAGGUCAAAGACGAGUGAAUCACCGCGCGUGUGUCUGUUAUGGAUGUCAUUGGUGUUUAAAUAGACCUUUGCUAACAUGGACUCGUUGACUGGUAACAGGAAGAUUGAUGUUUCAUUUUGAAUUCUGUCACCCCAGGUGUACAUUGUCCAGGCCUCCGUAUUACACGUUAAUGAUGAAGAAAAAAAAUCAGAGCGCAGGUGGUUUUUUAUGGAAAUCAUAUUUUAUAGCUGUUUUUUUUUGUGGUCAAACGCAUUUAUUUUGGGUCGAGCGGUUUUCAACCAUUUUUGUAUCCUUCGUUUCCAUUGAGAUGAGGAACUUAGAAACACAGUUUUAGUUUUAGUGGAAUUUCAUCGUCAGGGAACAGCCUGGUUCACACUAACAUCCUGUCAGCGGAUGUUAUUGUCAUACAACGCUGCAGGAAAUAAACGGGGACACGUUUGGAAUGUUUGACUGUAAAAAUGUUGUUUUUGUUCCUUGUAUCUUAUUAAUUAAAUGAGCUGAUUUGUUUUGC